AUGUUCUGGGGCACUGUCAGCUUCCUGGCUCCCUGGUUCACCCCAAAGGGUUCCAACCAGGGAGUUAUCUCCGUGUUGGUGACUUGUUCAGUUUGCUGCUGUCUUUUUUGGCUGAUUUCAACUCUGGCCCAUCUCAAUUCUCUCUUUGGACCACAGUUGAAAAAAUGA